AUGUAUGCGUUGGCAGAGGCCGUUAUGGGCUCUGUGAUUAGGGAGCUUGGCAAUUUGCUCCAUGGCGAGUACAAGCUGUUCAAAGAAACCAAGGAUUAUAUCAUGUUUCUUAAAGCUGAGCUCGAGAGCAUGCACGUCUUCCUCAAGAAAAUGUCAGACACGGAAGAGGAGCCCGACGAACAAACCAAGUGCUGGGUGGGUGAGGUGCGUGAGCUGUCCUACGAUAUUGAGGACAACGUUUAUGAUUUCUUGCUUCAUUCUGAACAUGAAUCCAACAACACCCCUCAGCAUGGCUUUAGGGGAUUCAUUGAUAAGUGCGUGAAUUUGUUGAGUCACUUCAGUUCAAAAUUUUCGUUUGGUCAUCAUCAUGAGACCAUAUACGAGUUUCAAGGCCUCAAGAGACGUGUUGUGGAGGCAAGCGAGCGACGCACGAGGUACAAGCUUGAUGACGCUAUCUUGAAGCCAAACAACACAGCCAUAGAUCUUCGCCUGCUCGCACUCUAUGCAGAGAAGACGGCCCUUGUUGGCAUCGAGGGGCCAAAGGGGGAACUAAUUCAGUUGAUGAUGGAUCAAAAAAGUGUUUCUGCAGGCCAGCUGAAGGUUCUCUCAAUUGUGGGAUUUGGAGGUCUUGGUAAGACUACACUUGCAAAUCAGAUUUAUCACCAACUAGAGACCCAAUUCGAGUCUCGAGCUUUUACUUCCGUGUCCCAGAAACCAAAUAUAAGGAAGAUUUUGAGACAUAUACUUUCUCAAGUUGGUUAUGUAGCCCGGAAGGAUACCAACAUGGAAAUGUGGGAUGAGGAUGAAUUGAUCAGGACAGUCCAACAAUUUCUUAAGAACAAGAGAUACUUUAUUGUCAUCGAUAACAUAUGGGAUGAAAUCACAUGGAACAUUGUUAGAUGCGCUCUUCCAGAAACCAUGAAAGUGCUACCAGAAAAAAUUCGGGGACUACAACAAUUGGAGACGUUGGAAUUAGGAGCUUCGGCUCGAGUUCCACUUCCACCAGAUGUUGUCCAUCUGCGCCGGUUGUUGCACUUAACUACUCCUUUUGGGACACGUUUUCCCGACGGGAUUGGAAACUUGACAAAGAUACGUAGACUGGGACACUUUGAUUUGUCAGGGAACUCAAUAGACAACAUCAGAGACCUUGGAGGUUUGACCGAUUUGAGGGAUCUUAGAAUUGACUAUAGCAAGUGUAAACGUGCGGCAGAUGUGAGUAACAUACAUAUGGAUGCUUUGAGCUAUGCACUUGACAAACUUUGCAGCUCCAAAUAUUCUUCGUGCUGCCUUCUUCAGAGACUUCGUAUGUGGUGCAUGUUACCUAGGGUUCCCAACUCUAUAGGAGAGCUCCGUAAUCUCCACCACCUUGAACUUAAGGUUAUAGAGGUGCUGGAGGAUGAUAUUGGAAUUCUUGCACAGCUGCACUCGCUUAUCCACCUUGAAUUGCACAUCUUCGGUACUCCGAAACGGGCCAUCAUGUUUGGAACGGGAUUCCCUGUUCUCAGUUGUUUUAGGAUCACAUGUAUCAAGAUAUCAUUCCUGACCUUCGAGGCAGGGGCAUUGUCCAAGCUCCAACGGUUGGAGAUAAAUUUUAACGCACAUGGAUGGGAGGAUCAGCAGGGCACUCCACCUAUCGGCAUCGAGCAACUGCCAGGUCUCAAGAAGGUCAUUGUACGCAUUGGGUGCUACCAAGCAAAGGAAUCCGAUAGAAAAGCUGCACAGUAUGCUCUAGGAAAUGCCAUUGACAUGCACGCGGGUGACCGUACAGCUAACAUCGUCAAGUGCAAAGACAUCUUGUAUUGUUUUGAAGACUUUGGAUGGGAGGAUAUCAAGAAUUCAAGAUUACCGAUGUUGUUAACUUCAGAACUUGAAGGCCAAAUGCCGGUGUGUAUGUACACUGCUACUGUAAAUGAGCCAAAAAAUAAUAAUGUUACACCUCAUUGUUUGUCUAUCGGUUGA